UCCACCGUUCAGCACACACCGUUAAAUUGGCAUGCGUCCUACGCUUUGGUCCUGGAGCAGGAGGCUGCGCUGCUUUUGAAAAUGUUACCGUCCUCUCAGCGGAGUAACCUCAGGCAGCACAGCAAAGUUGCAUUAUUUCACCUUCUGCUCAGUAUUACAGGUGUGUGGUGCAGUCAGGUGGUGGUGCCUCAGAGGGUGAGCGCCGUGCUGGGGAAGAAUGUGACGUUAGAAUGCAGGGUGGAGGUUGGCUCAAACCUUACCCUCACUCAGAGUUCCUGGGAACGCCGUCUGCCUUCUGGCUCCGUAACAGUGGCUGUCUACAACCCACAGUUUGGCACUUCCAUCCCUCCAGAGUUUGUGAAUCGCUUGUAUUUUCGCUCACCCUCCUCUCACGAUGCUACCAUCAUUCUAGAAAACGUGGGCUUUUCAGACGUUGGGAUAUAUACCUGCAAGGUAGCAACAUUUCCUCUGGGGAACACUCAAGCCUCCACUACUGUCAGUGUUCUUGUUGAGCCAAAGGUCUAUGUGUCUGCUGGUUCGACUGCCCUGAUCGACGGUGGCAAUGAAACUGUGGUGGCUACCUGCAUCGCUGAGCGGGCUCGGCCCCCUGCUGAGGUGUCCUGGGAAUCCAACCUCUUUGGCCAGUCAGAAGUGCAGCUAUUUGACGACGUCAACGGGACGACCAGCACGCAAGUGCGCUACAUCUGGCAGCCCACGCGCCACGUCCAGGGCCACGCGCUCACUUGUGUGGUCCGUCACCCAGCUCUGCAGAGCGACUUCAGGAUCCCCUACCAACUCAAUGUACAGUUUGCUCCUGAUAUCACAGUUGUAGGCUAUGACGGAGACUGGUAUAUGGGCCGUGAAAAUGUUCAAAUGAUGUGCAAAGCAAAUGCAAACCCACCGGCUCAUCACUUCAGAUGGAUUAGACUGGACAGUGAAAUGCCAGAAGGGGUGGAAAUAAUAAACAGCACUUUGCUCUUCCUGCGCCCCCUCCAGCGGAAUGACUCUGGAGUUUACAGGUGUGAGGUUGCCAAUGACAUCAACCUCCGCAGUCGGGAUGUGCGCAUUCUGAUACAAGAUCCUCCCACCAUGCCUUCCACCAUUACCGCUCCUGUCCUAACUGGCUCCUCCUCCUCCCCCACCUUUGUGGAUGAUAAGGGCCAUGUCCUCCUGAGCUCCCCCACACUCGAAGCCCUACCUGAAAGUAAUCUUGGUUCCAUAGUGGGUGGGGCCGUGGGAGGCGCUUUGUUCCUGCUGCUACUGUUGUCUCUGGUUGGCGUGUGUUACCUACGGAAACAACAGAGCUUUCAUGGGAGCUGCUACACCAAGCAUUACCUUGGCCACAAUGAUCUCCAGAAGGCCCCCACGCAGCACGAACUCCACCCGACCAAAGCUGGCAGCAGCUCCCACCAUCGGGACCACGACCGCGAGGAGUGGGGCGACCGCCAGCUCAAACACGAGCGUGACCGCCGGCACCAUUGCGACUAUAACGGAGGGGAGUAUCCCGUUAAUGGGUACACCAGGGCAAUGAGGGAGAGCGGUCGCCACAACCAUCAGCAGAAUCGCCAUCAUGAACACACGCAGUAUUCUAGUCCACAGCAGGCCAGAUGUGCCAGAUACCCUCAUUCACCCAAACCACAUGCAAACGGCUCCCCCUACCUGUCAGACGACUGCUACGAUAGCGGGCCCGAUGGUGAUUAUGUGUCUCACACAGAUGGCUCAGUCAUCUCCCGCAGAGAGUGGUAUGUUUGACAAGCUACCUGGUUCUGCAGGAGCAGACAUAUAACGGAAAUCAGAAGGUUUUGUUUAUGAAAAUAGGAAAAACACGAUAUUGGUCUUCUGUAGUCACACACUUCUACUAAUCUCUUUUCUGUAGUUCCCUUGCUUUGGUCAAGGGUCCUGGUUGACGCUUGAGAUAUUUUUCCGUUUGUGAUGUGGACAGGCUGUGGACUAUACAGCCAGUUUGACAGUCAGCAUCUCCAUGACUACGGAACUGCUAGUUUGUGUGUGUAGAGACUAAUGAAAGAUUUGAUUUAUGUGUUGUCUCUGCCUUACUACAUGGACUGUCACAAUUUGUCACCUGAGAAGAGGCCCUGGGGGCCUCUGGAUCACAUUUGGUUGUUUAAGAAUUUAUUUUUUUGUUUUUUGUUUUUUUUACAAAUUCUGUAUCUUUUGCUGUGGACUGAAUGUCAAUAAUGCUUACAUCCAGCCAUUAGUUCAAAGACCUCUGAUGUCUCGGUUUGAUUAACUGAUGGUCAAGAAUAGUACAAACAUACAACUAGAAUUAAAUCCAUGAAAUUCAGAUGAUCAUAGCUCCUCUUCCCAAAACCCGCUAAAGCAGAGCCAUAAUAGAUUAAUUUAUUUUAAAAUGGUACAUUCACAAAUCUGGACACCUCUUUAACUAAUGACCUCUAAACAUCCAUGGUUAUGUUACUGCCUUUUGCAGAACUUUAUAAUGAAAGCCUGAGUCAUUUGACCACUUGUUUCCUACUGAAACCCUUAAUCCUAUGUAAAUCACUAAGGAAUAAUUGUGAGCUUGAGGGCUUGACCUCUGACUGUCCUGGUGAUGUGUGAACCUUAAUAGUGUUUCUCCUGCUUUUCCGUGGCUUGUCAUUCAUGCCCAAGAGGGAGGGAUGUCGAGAGAGAGCAGGAGGCCUGCACGAAUGGGGCACUGUCCACCAUAACGGACAAACGGGGUUUGUAAAACAAGUCAAGACUUUGGUUGCAAAAACAACUGCCACACAAUUGUCCAAAAGGAAACAAAUAGGAAUAGUAUUUCUUCAGUGGUCAAUGAUUUUAGCAUAUGGAUGGUUUACUGAUUCAUGCAAAGAGUUUCAGGUCCUGUUCAGUUAGUCGUAUAUUCACAUCAUCCUGUUGACCAUCAGAUGAUAAUGGAUCUAUUUGAGAAUCUGAACUCUGGUACUUAUCCAGGGCUCUUGUGAAUUCAAGAGUGCUGUCGGCUUGGGUAUCGUUUAAAGCAGACUACAGUGUGGCAGCCGUCUGCAGCCACCAUACGCUAGCCCUCUAGUUACUAAAUAUUUUGUUACACAGAGUGAUCAUUCAAGAGUGCAGCCGAUACACUACCACACUCAAACACAAACACUCAUGGGUAAAUUUCAGUAAUCUGAGUUGCCCUUAGAAAAAAAAUCAUGAUCACGUCACAAUUAAAAUCUGAGGCAUUAAUAGGCGUAUUGUCCCUUAACAGUCAGUGAAGUAUGCAGCUGCAUGCUCUGGCAUUAACUCGUUAUUUUACCAUUUAGCGUCUGUUAAUACUAACAGUUAAAUAUAGAUUGUGUAGGCGAAUUAGUUUUUUGUGAAGGAUGUGUUUUCACUCUCACCUGUGAUUAUCAGCACUUUGGACUCAACUUUUCCUCACAGCACGGGGACAGACAAUAUUUUGUAGCACAUCAUUAAAUCGUAGCUAGUAUAUAAAAUAAAACACAGUGAUCUCUUAUUUGUCUUAAACAUAUCUUAAACUGGAUUUACAGUUAAAUCUGCAUUCAGUUAUUCACCAUCUUAUUGUCAAUCAAGACAAUGAUAAACACUGCAGGACAAACCAAGUACUGUGACUGAACUAAGAGUGUUUUACAUGUCAGUGUCAUGAGGUCAUGGGGCCUUACUGCAGUAAGUCAGGAAUCGAAGAUAGAUGAAAAUAUUGAUUUCAGUUUGUAUACAGAUUAAGUAUUUUGGCACAUGCACCUGUUUACCAGUCUGCAUGGAGGAGAUCCAACAGUUUCUUUCAUGUACACUAGUUGUGAAUACUUGCCAACUUUAGUAGUAUGGACACUCAUGCAAUAUUUGCUGCAAGAGGCCAAAUAUUAGUUGUAUGUAUAAAUACGAUGAUGACGAUGUCUCACUUAGUAUUACUGACUAGGUAACAACUGAUCAUUAGCUUCUAUAAAUGACUAACGUAUCACUGUUGUAUACAACAUCUUGUAGGCUGAAAUAGAAACGAAAAGAUGCUUUAAUAUUACAGUAACAGUUGUCGAAAUGGGAAUUGGUUAUAUUGUCAUGAUCCCUUGCUAAUUGUGUGUCAGGGUGUGAAUAGUGUGCAGUGAGUAGGCUGCAUUUGUCAUCAUGAGGUUUGAUAAUGAGCCGCUGUAACUUACAGAGAAUAUGACCCCUAACUGAAAUUCAAGUUUCAAAUGCUGUACAGUACAGUAGAUGUAAUUAUCUGCGCAGGCAGAAGGUGCACAUUUCAAUGUUACAAAAACAGUUCAUAUUCCUUCCUUAAUGCCCCCAUUUCUGCUGCGAACACAUUACAGUGCAGAAAAUCCACAUGAAGUGUUCAUUUGCACUAUUUCCUUGUGAGAAAGUAGUUGGACUGAAAGGAUCUUUUUAUUUAAUGUUUGCUUAAUGGUACUAAAAGAAACGUUCCAAACACUGACAUAAACAAGGAGACUUAUAUUUUGUAACGUGGGUGAAGAUAACCUUUAAAUGGGCAUGAGCAGAAUAAAAUGUGCAGAUAGUUAUUUGUUAGACCCAUAGCCUCAUUUAGCCAAUGAAUUACAAGUAUUGAUUUUGGUGCCGCUGAUACCUAUUCAUUCUGCUUCUCUGGUCACUUUAACAUAAAUGCAGAAAAUAACAGGAAGCACGGCAGCCUAAACCCUGGUUGUGUUUGCUUCUAUGCACUACGAAGGAAAUUCCUCUAAUCGAUAUACUAUUUUUGCUUGGCUCGUCAGUUUGGAGCCCUGCACCUGGAUUAAUGAAGUUCUUUUGUACUGUGACAUUUUGUGUAGAGAUCAGUCAUCAAUAUCCUUACCUUGAGAAAUGUCCUUCACUUUGGAUUGAGAAUUACAACUAGUGCCUUAGAUACCUAGAAGAAACAUUUUCUUUAUUAUUGUUUACUUCUGUAUGUGAGAACCAGUUUUGUUGACCUGUGAGGUUUAUGUUCACUUUUCAUGCUAAGAGGAAUUCAUAGUGCCAUAUUCACUUUUCUGCCCUUGUUGCCAUGACGGUAAAUGACACAGUAUAUUUGAAAACUAGAGGCAUUAAGAAAAACAAAAAGGCAAAGCUUGAAUAAUUCUGGAUGUAAAAUGAGUUACAUCUUCUCUACUUCACAGGUAUCUGUCAGGGGUUUGGGUGUCUGUAGAGUCACUGUUGUUGCUGAAGAGCUGGAGAAUUUCCUUCAGUCUCACAUUGUCAAUGAAAAGCACCUUGUGAUCAUGUUUGUUUUUGUAUAUACAGAAGAAAAUGUAAGUUCCUCGAAGAAAAACAAAAAGAAGUAUUUAUGUCAGUGACAGCAGUGGUCUUUUUUGAGAUACUUUAGUUCAAUAAAGCACCUUAGCACCUGUGAGUUA